AUGCGGCCUCGAUUGGCAGUAUUAAGGGCUAUCCCAAUCCGCGGAAUACCAUGUCGCAAAUCCUAUUCGACAGCUCCCCGGAUAUCACUCGCAUAUGAUCUCCACGAACCGUCGAAACCCUCCAAUGCUCCGCGGGCCAUAAUCUUCAUGCACGGUCUAUUCGGGUCCAAGAAGAAUAACAGGGGCAUCAGUAAGGCACUUGCAAGGGAUCUAGGACGGCCUGUAUAUGCGGUAGACUUGCGAAACCACGGGGACUCACCUCACAACCCUAAUCAUGAUUACAUGGCUAUGGCGGAUGAUGUUGCGGGGUUCAUUGAAGAACAUCAAUUGAAGAACACUACCCUGAUCGGGCACUCGAUGGGAGCGAAAACGGCUAUGACGUUGGCACUGAAGGCUCCCGAUAUGAUAGACAAUAUCGUGUCUGUAGAUAAUGCCCCGCUGGAUGCUGCUCUGUUGAGCAAUUUUGGCAAAUACAUACAAGGCAUGAAGAAGAUUGAAGAGGCGGGAGUUACUAGGCAGGCGGAGGCAGACAAGAUCUUGCAAGAGUACGAGGAGGCAAGUACACCAAUAUCAAGGGGCCUGUCUCUCCCUAUCCGACAGUUCCUCUUAGGGAACCUAUAUCGACCGCCAGGGGAGAAGAUACAGAAGUUCAAGGUUCCGCUGCGAAUACUGGGCUCUGCGUUGGACAACCUUGGAGAUUUUCCCUUCAAAGACCCAGGAGCAGUACGAUUUGAGAAGCCAGCGUUGUUCGUGCGUGGGACACAAAGCAAAUACGUUCCUGAUGAAGCUCUGCCUAUAAUAGGGCAGUUCUUUCCGAGGUUCGUUCUGGCAGAUAUAGAUGCUGGACACUGGGUGAUCUCGGAGAAGCCUGAAGAGUUUAGACAAGCCGUGGUAGAAUUCCUAAGCCCCAAAGAAUAA